AUGAAGAUUUUAAUACCGUUACUUGCAAUAAUUGUCGCCGUAAGUGCUAAUGUUCCACAAGACAGUGACUAUGACACGGAGCACUUGAAAAUCGUCAAAGCAUGCGAAGAUCAUCAUGAAGUUGAUGACGCUGAGAAAGCAGUUUGGUGGGCUUGGAAAAUUCCCGCUAAUCCAAAACGUUGCUAUUUGGCGUGUGUCAUGGCGCACUUCAAGUGGCUUACUAAAGAUGGAGAUAUCAGUGUAAGUGCCAUCAAAGAGAGUUAUGAAGCUGUUGGACAUGGAAGUUCGGCUCCGGACCAAGAAUUCUUGAACGAAAAUUGUGAAAAUUUGAAUUCAACUGAGGACCAUUGUAGCAAAACACUUUUGUUGUAUACUUGCUUGUUAGAGAAAUCUCCCAAUGUACAGCAUUUUAAGGAUGCCUUUGAUGGAAAACCAAAUACUGUAUGAUGGAUCGUCAAAUAAAAACGACAAUAAUAAUGAUAUUGCUAUGUU